CAGUUACAUGCAAAGCCUGAGUCAUACAAGGAAGAAUACUGAAGGAGGGAGAAGACUGAGGGAGGAGCCUGCCCUGACACGGUGGAGGAUCUGGGACAGAGCCCCCCAGGCAGCCCCAUGGACUCUCCUCACCUCCUGCACUUGGGUUUCCUGCUCCUGGCUCUUGCUGCUCCCCAUCCAAGUAUUGCUGUGUCCAAUGCUGGCCCUGCUAAGGGGACACAAGGCAGCACAACUAUGACAGUCCACUACUGUAAGGACUGUAAAAGCUGCAUGCACGAAGAUGGGAGAAUCAGUUUAGAAAACUUUAAAAUAAUCGGUGAAAUACCAAACAAGACAAACACUAUUCCAACAGUUGAGUUGGUGGCCAACAAAUCACACGUCACUGUUUGCUUUCACCAAGCAAAUUCCUCUCUUGAAGGAAUUUAUGGCAUCUGGGUCAAAACUGCUCCAUCAAAACUCUGGUGCGGCAUCCUGAAUUCUGGAGAAAAUGGAGGAGAUAACAUCAAUACUGAGGACAAGAAUGUUUGCUGUGAAGCAGAGGCAAUUGCCUGGCAACACAACCCUAACCUGAAGUGCUACAUUCAAAAGUCAAGUCCAAAACACAUCACACUGCCAGUUGCCGUUCCUGGUAAUCCUGAAUUUCUCACCAGCAAAGAGAACAGCCAUCUUGUUGGCAUCUUGUUGGCAUUCCUGUUUGUUGGGCUUUGCGCAGGAUGGGGCACCAUGUUUUACUUCUUGCGGCUGCGGCGUCGCCAAGCUUCUAGACAAGACAGACAGACUUCUGACAGAGAAAAGCUCACACAUCCUUGAUAACCAUCUACAAGGGAGAAAACCCCUCUGCCAGCAGCAUCCUCCUCCUCUCUCAUGAUGUACAGCAAUCAGCUGAACACAGACUGAUUUUCCAUGGGAACUCCUGCCCUUGUAUUCCCAAAUAGUCCAGUUUUCACAAAAGUACCUUCACCACAUCCACACCUUCCCCUGACUCUUGUCCAGCUCCAGGCCUUUGUGAGCAGCACAGGCAACACCAGGAGCCCCCAUCCUCUCCUUGGCUUGCCUGCAGACAGCAGGCACCCCAGGGUGUGUGGCUGACUCAGCAGCACUGAAACCAGCUGAAUUCUCUCUGUGACAAAGAGGGAACAGCUCUGAAAUGCUUCCCAUGCCCUCUGCCUGGCUUUCACUUGGUAAUGCCACAGCAGCACCCAGGUGUCUGCAUUGUUUGAAUUCUCAGGUCAUCUCUGCAUCCACCAAAGCCUUUUGCACCACAAGCUGGCUGGUAGGUUGAACUGGAAGAGUUUGGAAGAGAUAUUUGAUUUUGCCCCCACGUGCAGGCUGAGGACAUCUCUGAGUGUUUGCUGCAGUGCAGGGGUGGGUGGGAGGCUGUGUCCAGCUCCCUCAGGAAUGGCAUUGGGUCACAGAGACCUUGUUCUCCCCAGGCUGAGCAGAACUCUGGUAUCAAUCCUCCUGACACAUGAGUCAAGCUUAGACAGCGUGAGAUGAGUACAACCCCUCAAGAAUCCCAUUGGGUACUUGGUAUCCUUAAAUCAUUCCCCAUUCCCACCUGAUUUGAAUAAAUCCUCAGCUUUUGCAUUGGAUCUAAUUUACUAUCAGGACUGUUGAGCAAAAAUCACUGGCAGCACAAGGGGAGAAGCAAAUCCCUAAAGCAAUGUGAAUGCUUGUUGAAUCACUGUUCUUUUGUCACACAGCUAAACACAAGCACACACACAGUUCUUGGUUCAUUUCUGCUUUGAUUGGCUGGAUUUUGUUUGUUGCUUGUUUUUUCCUCAAUGUGUCUUAACCAUCCAGUCAGUAGCAGAGUGAACCUUGCCAACAAACUGUCUCGUGCUGAUGCUCAAUAUCAAAUCUGGAUUUUACUGAUGCUCUUGGUGGUAAUGUUUUAAGAGAUCUCCAACACUUUGAACAGGUGUUUCCCAUUUGAUUUGAUCCCUCUGUUCCUUGCUGUUCGUUGUAAAAAUGCUUCUUGAUCAGUUUCUUUGGUUAUUGGGGUCAUUAGAGAGCUCUGAGGGUCUCAUUACACAUUUGUAUACCUUUGUUUCUCACUAUAGACUGGACUUACACCUGCUGCAAUCCUCUUUCAGAGAAUCUGUAUUAUCCAAUUCCUUGAUGUUAUUAAAUGCUUCUUUAAAAAAAAAAAAGUGUUUUCUUCUAUUCUCUGCCACUUUUUUCUUACCUUUACAUUCCUGAUUUAGAUCUGAUGCCAGCUCCAGUUAUCAGGCUAAGUUUACUGCAGCUUUUAUUUUGAGAACCAAGAGAAUCAUCCUAGGAAUCUAGAGAGAACUAAAUUUUCUGUGUGAGUGACAGCAGCCACUUCUUUGCCAAGGCCUUUGAAGCUUGGGAAGGUGCUGAGCUGCUCAGGUCACUGGGCAUGAGAGGCAUUAAAUGACAUGUCCAGCACAGGGAGACUGAGGUCCAGUCUCACAGAGCAGUUCUCUUGGUGGAUUGGUUUUGAAGCCUUCUUUGAUAUGAUCAGACCAAGAGGAACUCUGGUAUUACAAUUUCAAUUGCAUUUCUUAUUUUUAGGUGAAGCAAGUGAACAGCCUAGAGAACAACUGUCAGUGCUUGGGAAGGAGACUCCAUCAACAUAACUUGCUCAAUGCUUCAGAAAAUGAACAUGUAAUUGCUGGGCACCUCUUUUACUCAGUGGUCCAUUUGGCAAAGAUGUGGAGUUAAUAAAUAACCAUCACUGUUUCCAUGAAAUACUUGGAUUCUUGUCUAGUAAGUUCAAGGGUUCCUGCUGAGUUCCUUCCACUUGCCAAGGGACUGCUCUUGCUCAGAGCAGCAAAGAUGCAGAAAGCUCUGCCAGCACAGGACUUCCAGUUUCCCUAAGGAGAUCUCUGAGACGGGAGUGCAAUAGUGAAUGCACAGGGCUCCCUCCCUGUCCUGCAAAAGUAGGGAUUCAGCUCACAAACAGGGGGUGCAGUGCAUUUCCUUCCCCGGUUUCUGGCUGUUCUUUGAGACCACUUGCAGUGAAGAACCAGGACCAGCAGAUGAUGCCCCAGGGAAAGAGGGCUGGUGUGGAUUCACAGGGACAAAGGGCUGUAAUUCCUACACGGGGUGCUGUGUGCUGAGGUACCUUGGGCUGGGGUUGUGUGACUCCUGUCACUGUCACAGCUCUCUGUGCCUGCUGUGACAGUGGCACUGGUAUCUUCUCCCUUAUCUGCAUGUCAGAGGAUAUCUGGUGCCAAGCCCUCAGAGAUGACACUGUGCACUGGGCUUUGGUUUCUUUUUGACCCGACUGACCUGAAGCCUGCCCUGUAGACAUGUUUUCCUUCUCUAACAGCAAGGUGAUUUUCCAGGAGGAAUCCCAGGCUGUUUCAGAUGGCAGGGAAGGGUGAGCUCAGCACCCAGCCCAGCCAGCAGCAGCAGUGAAAUGUCUGCUCCCACAGGCUGCUUUCAGUCCCUGUGAAUCUGCAGAAGCCCCAGCUGAGUGAGACUGGAGCAGGUUUGUUUGGAACAGAGGCUCUCUGUGAAAUCCCUGCUAAAAAGGCUGUGCUGAGAGCCAGGGUGGAAGAGGGCAGCGUGGUGAAAGGGUGAGCUGUGGGCUGGGAGGAAAGAUUGCUGCCCACAGAUCCAGCUGCAGUUUAUGGCAGCCCAGGGCUGGGACUGCUGCUUGUCACUGCCUGGGGGA